AGGGGAGGACACAACGCCGGCAGCUGCUGGCAGGACACGAGUGUUGAGGCACAGAGAGACAGAGAGACAGCAGGGAGACAGAGACAGGGAGAGAGAGACACAGAGAGUGAGACGUACAGAAGGACAGAGACAGACAGGCAGGCGGCAUGGCAGGGAGCGGGGGGCACCGGGUCCUGGUCGCCCUGGGGGAGCUGUGCGACCCCGGGCAGCUGCACGCUGCCCUGGCCGACGUGGAGAGCGGUCUCCGCUCGUGGGCCGUGGAUCCCGCCGUCUGUGAUCUUGAUCAGCAGCUCAAGCUUUUCAUCUCCCGACACUCGGCGCGCUCCUCAGCGCAGGUCAAAGGUGAGAAGACGCUGCAGCAUCGGAGCGAUGUCCUAGAGACGUCCGUGCUUCUCAACCCCUCGGAGAACACGCUCGUCGGCGAGGUGCGUGCCCUGCUUCUGUCUCCUGAGCACCACAAGCUGCUGCUGCUCGCCGGCGUGGGCCUAGAGGACACCGGCGACCUCGUGCUGCAGGACGGCUUCUUCUCCUGCCGACACCUCCUCAACAUCUGCACCGACGACGAGGUGCAGGAAUCCCUGAGCGCCGCCUUCCCCGAGCAGCGUGCGGAGCUCACGCUGUGCUGCUCCGUCGUGGACAGCGCCUCCUGGGGCAGCCUCGCCUCCGACGGCGGAGUCGCCUCGUCCGCCCUGGCCGUCUCCGUGAACCCGCCGGCGCUGCUGCCGCCCGGCAUGGAGGGCGCGUGCGAGCUGAGCGAGUACCUGGCCGAGUCGUGGGAGGCGCCAUCUCCGUUCGGCGUGCUCGAGGCGCCGGCGUCGGGCGGCUUCCUCAAGCUGUCGCGCCCGUGCUGCUACGUGUUCCCCGGCGGGCGCGGGGACGCGGCGCUCUUCGCCAUCAACGGGUUCACGCUGCUCGUGGACGGAGGCUCGGAGCGCCGCGCCGGCUUCUGGAAGCUGGCACGCCACCUGGACCGGCUCGACGCCCUGCUGCUCACGCACAUUGGCGCCGACAACCUGCCGGGCGUGAACGCGCUGCUGGAGCGCAAGGUGGCGGAGGCGGAGGCGCAGGGCGGCGGGGAGGGGGGCAGGCCGCCCGGGGCGACGUCACCGGAGUGGCUGCGCAACCUUGUAUCGCCCGAGCUCGGGGUCGUCUUCUUCAACGUCCCCGACAAGAUGGGGCAGUCCGGUGACCCCGCCGCCAACGUGAGACGAGGGCUGGACGAGGCGUGCGUGACUCUGCAGCACCUGAGCCAGCUGGGCAUCCAGCCCGAGCCGCUGUUUCGCACCAACAGCCCCACGCUGGAGCCCAUCAUCCUGUUCCAGAAACUGGGCGUCGGGCGGCUUGAGAUGUACGUGCUCAACCCCGUCAAGGACAGCAAGGAGAUGCAGUUCAUGUUACGGAAGUGGAACGGCAACGGCAAGGCCAAGUCGGGCGUCGUGAUGCCCAACGGCAAGGAGGGCGAGGUCUCGGUGCCGUACCUGACCUCGGUGGCGGUACUGCUGGUGUGGCACCCCGCCAGCCCGACAGAGCGCAUCGUGCGCACGCUCUUUCCCGGCAACGCCCCGCAAAACAAGAUCCUCGAAGGCCUCGAGAAACUGAAGCACCUGGAGGUUCUCAAGCACCCGGUGGUGACGCAGCGGGACCUGGCAUCUGGCGCCGUGGCCCAAGCGAAGCCCUUCCAGUUGAAGCCGAAGAACAGGACUGACAGCAAGGAGAGCCUCAAGAUGUCCUCUAGGCCCGGAACGGCCAAGAAGGGGGAAACGGCAGCGAUGGUGAGGGUAGAUUCUAAAACGGAUUUGGCUAAGACGUCCAGAGCCGAGAAGACGCAGGCCGCCAUCCCUGCUGCUGCGAAAUCUUCAGCUGCUGGACGGCCCGACACUGGCAACAAGGCCGGCACUGAGAGAGCCAAGGCCGAGAUGAAGCCCAAGGUGGCCAAGGAGCCAGCAAUCGGUAAGGACGGAAAAGAUAAACUUCAUAAACCUACCAAGAAGGAUAUAAAAAAAGAAGAAUCGAAGGACGACAAGAAGGAUGUGAAGGAUACAAAGGCAAGCAAGGAAGUCAAAAAAGAUGUAAAGCCAGUGAAAAAGCCUGAACUGAAGGCCUCUGCGAGCGACGCCAAGAAGCCCCUUGGCAAGACGACCGCGCCGCGUAAGGACAGCGCCGACGUGAAGAAGCCAGUUGCCUUAGCCGCGAAAGCCACAGAGGCGAAGAAAACUAAAGUGCAGAUAAAAGCUGCAAAGCCAAAAGGGAAAGCUGAUCAGAUUGCCACUGCCGCGAAGGAGCAAACUCCGAUCUCUUCGCCGGAAGAUCUCACCAAAGAUUUUGAUGAGGUGAAAAAGGAUGGUGUCGAAUUCAAACAGUCGACGGAAGAGAUCAUCCCAAGCCCGCAGGAGGAAGUGCUUGUUGUGUCGCAGAAAACAGACAACAUUGGGAUGUCCUUGGUCUCCCCUGACGAGGGAAUUACCACCACGGAUGCCGAACCGUCUCCUCACGAAGAGGAGACGCCUUGUCACCGGGAAAACUCUGCACACCUGGAUGGAGAAGAGUAUGACGUUGGAGGUAAAUGUCACAUGGAUGCGGAUGGCGGAAGAGAAUUGGCGUACCAGGGCGGGAAUAACGCCCAUGAGGCACCUGCCGUUGCAAAAGCAGAGUCUGCUGACAGUGAUUUGGCAGAUGAUGAUGAUGAAAUGCUAAGGGAGGAUGAGAGAAGUGAUGAUGAUGGAGAAAUGGUGGAGGAACCAGAAACUGCUGAAGCUUCUCCUGUUGGGAGUCCAAAAACUGGUGGAGCCGUUUUCACGAGCUCACGUGCAGAGUUUGAUCCUGGUGUUCAAAACAAGUCAUUCCCCCCCGUUUCGUCAAUGUUGGAUGGCGAUGGACUUGAUAAAAAUGUGCUGCAAUUCCACCAGUCGGAUGAUAAAGAUUGGGCUCCUUCUGAGCACGAUUCCCAGCAUUUCCAGCAACUGGAUAAUGAAAAAGGUGCCUCGCCCCACCACCACCACCACACUGCUUCUGAUGUACCUUCACAAAGUCAGGAUGGUGGAAGUCCAGCGGUGGAAAGCCCUGAACAUAUCCGGGGAGAAGUGAACGUGGACACAUUCACCACUUCGAGCAACAUACCUCUCGACAAGACUCCAGCCAGCGACCGCAGUGUAAAGUUUGACCUGACGCCAAUGGAAAUUUCCCAGAAAGGGGGGCUUCUCAGUAAUUUAGACGACACCCUCCCUGCACUGUACGAACUUCCGUCUUUUGGCAGCAACAUAUUCGGAGGUGGAUUAGAGGAGACCAGGUCCUCAUCGUCUCCGCCGCUGAGUGCAGGAAUCACUCCGUACACGCAGUCACCGCUGGUGGAGGAUUCCUUGCUGGUCGAGGGCUCCAACAAAGUCCCCAGUGUCCCCGCGCUGCCAAACUCGCCUCUCAAACUCUUCCCGGAAAUGGCCCUACACUCGCCCAGUGGCCACGAAGAGGCCUCGGUGGUCAAUCACUGCGAGCGGAGUUCCGACGGGCUCAUCGUCGGCGUGCUCGAGAACGGUUCCACGUUCAAGGAAUAUGAGAAGGACGGCUUUGCGUCGGAGGAGAUCGCGUCGGCCGCAGUAGUGGACGGUGCCAGCCAUAAGGUUGCAAGCAAGUUCAAGGAAGCGGUGCCGCAUGAGGCGCACUUCUCCCUGAGCCUCUCGGGGAACCCCUUCGAGGAGGCACGCGCCCCGCUGAUUGAGGUGUCGCCGACGCGCGCUGAUGACACGAGCCAACUGUUCUCGGCGCGCGAGGAGAGCAAGAUGUCCAUCUCCGCCGCCUCCCUCUCGGACCGCUCGGUGACGCCCACCACCGACGAGGCCGCCAUUAUGGCGGCAGUGUCGGCCUCCACGACGUCAUUGGCCACGAGCUCCUUUCUGGACCCUUUCACGGCCGCCACGACGGGCGACGAGGUGUCUCCCUCCCUGCACGCCGAGGUGGGCUCGCCGCACUCCACCGAGGUGGACGAGUCUCUCUCCGUGUCCAUGGAGCAGGUUCCAGCCUCGCUGCCAGACCCUGAGCAGUCUCACCGCGAUCCGUCGGACCCGCGGCCCAUGUCCAUCUCCCCCCCUGAGAUGUCGCCGCGCCCCUCCACCCUGGCGGAGCCACGGGGCGCCCUCGCCUCCAUCGCCUCCAACGGCCCCACCGAGGUGGACUUCAGCCCCUUCGACGUCGACGUCAUCACUCCGCAGUCGCAGUUUUUCCAGGGUAACAGCCCGAGCCCGUCGAGCUCUGCCACCCCGUCGCCUGUGAGGGUCGUGGGCUCCAUGGCCGAGGGCCUGAGCGAAGCGCAGCACCGCGAUGCCGAGGCCGACGUGGAGGAGAAUGAAGUGGAUGUCGAGGAGGAGGCGGCGCCACCACAUGUGCGCGCGUUCGAAGGUCUGGGAGGUCCCAACAACCACAACGAUGAAGACAACGUGGACGACGACGACGAGGAGGAGGAGGAGGAUGUUGAUGAAUCCGCGCACGAUGUGGAUCUCUGCCUGGUGGCGUCUUGCGAGUUCCAGCACCAUCGCGAGGGGCUGCAGCACAGCGGCGUGACACAGAGCCCUGUGGAUUUCUCAGACGACAGCGAGCACUCGCAGGACCGAGCCAAGCCGGCGGACAGCUUCUACAGGCCGUCGAGCAAUCAGUACAACUCGGGCGGCCUCUCGUUCGGACCGUCCCCGACCGAGGAAACGCCCCCGACCUCCGCCAGUGAAUCGCUGCCGACUCGCAGCGAUUCCGACAUCCCUCCCGGAACCGAGGACUGCACGGCGGAGGCCGCCCAGGACUCUGAGGAUGACUCGGACUGCCUCCCGAGUGACAAGACGUCCUCGGACAAGAGCAACAAGUCGGUUCGGGUCGACGCUCGAAGCAGGAUCGACGUGUCGCCUUCGGCUCCUGUGGACCCCUUCCCACCGCCCCCGGACCCAAACGUCUGCAUGGCGGACCCCGAAACCCAGGAGGCUGAUUUAGAUAAGACGUCAAAGAAGGACGGCAAGACGAAUCCGAAGGCAAGUGGGAAGGGUGCCAAGAAACCAGAUGGUAAAGCCAAACCGAGCGCCGCUCAGCCCAAGGGCGCAGCUGGGAAGGAGAAGCCUACAUCCAAGCCGAACAAAAUAGCUGAAACCAAAAUAACCAAGCAGGACAAAGAAGCCAAGAAUGGAGUGAACGUCAAUGCUUCCCGGGGCGGUGCCGGACAGACUAAGGCCACUGGAACAGGUGCCGGCAAGCCGGCGGGCCUGCCGCCGUCCUACCCCUCGGGGCCGCACGUCUACGUCGACCUCGCCUACGUCCCCAACCACUGCAGCGCCAAGACGGCCGAUGUCGAGUUCUUCCGGCGUGUGCGCUCGGCACACUAUGUGGUGAGCGGAAACGACCCGGCGAGCGAGGAGCCCAGCCGCAGCGUGCUCGACUGCCUGCUGGAGGCCAAAGCCCAGUGGGGGAACAACGCCCUGCAGGUGACGCUGAUCCCGACGCAUGACACGGAGGUGAUGCGCGAGUGGUACCAGGAGAGCCACGCGCGGCUCAAGGAGCUGAGCAUCAUGGUGCUGGCGAGCAGCAGCACAGUCGUCAUGCAGGAAGAAUCGUUCCCCGCCUGCAAGAUCGAGUUCUGAGCCUCGCCCGGCAGCAGAGCGCCGUGCGAUCACCAGACCCCGAUUACCCGUUACGUCAGGUUCCACCAACGACGCUCCAUGGGCCCGGCCAUGUGACUGCUGCUCGCUUUGGUCAUGGUAACGAUCGUGACGAAGGUGACGAUAAGGCAAUGGUAAGAUGAUGAUGACGAUGGUUAUAAUGCCACGGCAGGACCAAUGGUCUAUAAAGAACCCGACCUGUCAGUGCCAACUUAAGUUACUUACCCAGCAGCCAGAGCAGCCUGAGUGUCGAGUAGUUGGGUGGGGGCAGCAGCAGACCCAGAUGCGAUGCAAGGAAUUCGAACGGAGGUUCGGGAUUAGGGUCCCGGACGGUCGUAAUCUUGGCCUGGUGGUCGCACCGCACCGAGUGGCCGUGGCGGCCUCUUGGCCCAGCGAGGAGAGGGCUUACAUCGAUAUGAUUUACACGCAUUUUCGUGACUGUUUGCGUUUUUAUUUUUAAUAAUUAUUUCAUAAAAGUGUUGUAGCCCAAGGACAUUUUUCUUUUCCUGGCAAGCAUCAGAAUUAUGAUUGAUUUAAAUGAUAGGGCAGAGAGUCAGGAGAUGGACAGGGACGAUGGAAGUGGUAAAAAGUAAUGUGUGCUCGCUUUUUUGAAAUGAACAAAUUUGAAAACGAGUUAUGCAAAUUGGUCAGUUGGGAUUGGGAACUGACCGUCCCUUACAUUGAAUGCAGGCAACAUCUGCUUGCCACUAAGCUUGACAUAAUUUUGACAGCUCCCCCUUGUAAAAACAAAAAGAGGUGUAAAGUUAAUAAAUAUGAAGUGCAACUUAGGAGGACCAAACUUGAAUACAUUUUUUUAUGCAGGAAAGCAAAAAUAAGUCUGGCAAAGUUAUUUUUUUUUUUGCAAACUGGCUGUUACCAGUUGUGAACAAGACGAAAGCGUAAAAAUAACUACAAUGAUAUCGUUUAGCAUUCAUGCCAUAUGCCACCUCUCUAAUUAAUUAUCCUGAAGUAAUUCCACUUGGGUAAGUCUGGCUUUUGGUAAGGUGCCAGCGAGAGAAUGAUAUGCUUUUGCACACAUACAUUUUGUUUUUGCAGUGUGAUCAAGUGAACGGUUUGCUAAAAAGCAAUGCUCUCCUCUUUGAUUCAGAAACGUGGCUUUUGUCAGUUGCUAAUGUCGCCUUCUCAAACAAGGUAAAAACUUUUGUAUUCUUCACUUGCUGUCAAGUGUGCUUCGGCCAUGUGGUGUCCGUGCUCAUUUGUACCGGAGUUUGUGGUCACUCGAAACGGGUGUUGGGAGAUUUCAAGACACUAAGUGGGUUGAUUUAGGAUAUACCUAAUCACUUUGGAAACUGUUAAAUGUGCACUAAAGUGCAUCGCAGCUUGAUAGUUACUUUACAAUUUGCUUAGGCAUAUUGCCUGUGAUGCAGUGUUCGCAAGGGUAUGUUUUCAUUUGUUAUUGUUUUGUAAUACCUUUGUGUGGUUAGAGAUGUUUUGUAUAGUUUUCUUUAAGGCACAUUGGUUUUUCUACGGUUGAGAAACUUUGAAGUAAAUGAAGGAUUUGGAGACUCAAAGUAUUUUUUUUUGCUCUGCGAUGUUGAUGCUGAUGAGGCCGGAGUGACCAUUUCUGGAUUUCAGUGUUUUUCAAACAAGGCCCAUGUCUUGGCUGAGAGAAAAUCUUUCAUAUUUAUCACAAUCGGAAUCUUUAUUUAUUCUGGAAAAAUACGAUGAGCUAUGAAGCUCUUUUGCACAGAUGGUCCAGUGGAAAUUUAUCGCAGCCAAAUAAUCUAAACACAUGUUUCUAAAAGUGGAGGGAAAAUCCGGAGGACUCGGAGAACAAAACCACAUGACCACUGGGAGAGAGACGUGCAAACUCCAAAUAUACAACAGGCGCCAGGGUCGGGAUCGAACCCCUAACCUCCUCCAUGUAAUGUGAAUUCUGAAUAUUCUCCUGCGCUGUAUAUUUACAACAACAAAAAAGCCAAUUAUAUUUGCCUCUGAAAAAGAGCGAGACUCAAAACAUAUUGCUGUCCGUGCCAUUUUGGUACUCGGUGAGAUGGAUUCAACACUGAAAUCCUUUAAAUGGGCUCGCAUGCUUUAUUCAGUUGAAAAUUAAAUGCUCAGAACGGGUUCAUUUAGUCAUCACCUUUUCAUAGUUAAAUUUAACACUACAUUUUUGCCAUUAGUUCUUAACAUCCGUAGAAUAAUUGCAACAUACUUGAUAAUAAAAAAUAACCGUCAUGCUUAAGCUAUAAAUGUUACUCGUAAUGGAAAUAAAUUGUUGCUGCUUCAGUAACUUCAGUAAAAUUAAAACUGUGGAGAAUCAUUUGUCAGGAAAAAAGUCAAUACUUUGGCUGAUAUGAUACCAGUUCUUGCCAAAGGACUUAUGAGAAUAAACAUUUGCAUAUUCCCUGUGCAUUUGAAUUAACUUUCUCCCAUCUAUUGAUACGAUUUGUGUGCGCGUGUAGCUGCGUGUGUAGCAGUGGAACACAUGUUAUAAGCGUUUAUUGGAAUUGACGUGCAUCUGCGUUGGGGUAGAGAGCAGCGGGGCUAGCUACAAAUUCAAAUUCUCCCCCCUCAUUGUUGUUCGUCGGACCUGGUGAAGGCUCGCACAGGUUCACCACCCGUUUAACGGUGAAGACUUUGAGGGGGUGGGGAUGAUUGCAGUCGGUGUGUAAUGUUUCAGACAUGAGCUGUGACGCUUGCGCGCAUCGGCUUACGCUUUUGGAAAUUGUCAAAAGAGUGCGUGGCUUCUAUUCGACAUGAGAUUACGCUUUUGCGAAUCUCACAAUGUGCAGUUGCCCCACCUACUGCAUGCACAUGGCAGGCUCAGCGGAGUUCAUCUCAGCACGAGGCAAUCGCAGUGCCCAGGCACCGUGCUUGGAGGCUCGCUGCAACACCAUGUGACAUGCGUAGGAGUGCAGCUGACAUUUACCAACGUCACAAACUCACACUACACACGUAAAGUAUAUUUCAACGUACAUCAGCAAAGUUAAGAAUGUUUAACGAGAAAGUUGUCUUUCGGCUGGACGGCAUGUGAAUUUGACAAAAAUUUGUUUUCAUACAAUACAGAUGAGAUAGAGAGUAGAUAUUUGAACUCGUCGUCCGGGCUGACGAGCUGUUGAAGUGAUGCUGCUCUUUAGCUCGACGGCGGCAGCAUAAAGCAGCAGAGAUGUCGUCGUGUCCCACUGUCGCUUCACGAAGCGUGUGUGUGACCCACAUGGAUACACUAAGCCGCUGUUAAACCAUCCUGUGUGGGAGCCACCGAAAGUGCGAGGAAUUGGAGAAAGUUUCACGAGUUGGGAAGCGACCGAGCGCAAACAAAGCUGUGAUGCAAUGUGAACAAAACAAAUUGACGUUGAAACAAUGAUGCUGUGACAAUUUCAUCACGGUUUGGGGUCAAGGGUAUUCAUUACCAUGUAACUUUAAUGACGUUUUUUUGUUCCUUUUACGUAAUGUCUAAACUAAACUGCUUCGGUCAGUCGUGCAUGCUGUAAUGUAUCUUCAUCUUAAAAGUCACUCUUGCUAAUCCUCUAUAACAGUGCGGCAUAACGGUAGUCUCGGUGCUGCUGUUUUGGUAUGAUGUCGAGUCUUUUACCACUGUAUUUUGUAGGAAGUGCUACUUCCCUCUGCACCCCCCUGCCUCCCCCAGUGCUAUAGUUGUGAAGUGCUGUGCAGAAGCGUUCCUAUUUCAGCACCUGUUCAGUCUUUGUUACAGUGUACAACACAGUACUUUGGCCUCUCAAAUAAAUUAUUGCAAAAACGGUG